GUGACGUCAGGAGCAGAGGCCGGAGCUGUCCAUCAGCACCAAAGGCCGCGGGCGGGCUCAGGGCAUGGGGCCGCGGCUCCGGGGCGGCCCGAGCACCAGCUCCUGCUCCUUUCCCUGCCCCGAAAGCCUGGGCCUCCGGAACACGCGGCACUGGAGUGUCAGCCGGAGUCGGAUGCUCAGCCGCGACGCCGCCGCGCAGAGACAGGUUCCUCUGGCCCAGCAGCCCCCAUCCCCUCACGGUGGACUUUUCCCGGACCCCAGUCACUUGGGCCCUCGGGUGCCCUGCACCCCCAGACCAGCCGGUCCCUGCACUGCCUCUUCAGCUCAGAAGCUCAGGUCACCUCCAGCCCAGGCUGACUUGGGAGGGUGAUUCCCCUCCAUUCCCAGCACUAUGUCGGGUACUAUGGCCACGCUCCGGUUCCAGCUGCUGCCCCCUGAGCCAGAUGACGCCUUCUGGGGGGCACCCUGUGAACAGCCUCUGGAGCGCAGGUACCAGGCGCUCCCAGCCCUCGUCUGCAUCAUGUGCUGUCUCUUUGGAGUCAUCUACUGCUUCUUUGGUUACCGCUGCUUCAAGGCCGUGCUCUUCCUCACGGGUUUGCUGUUUGGCUCGGUGGUCAUCUUCCUGCUGUGCUACCGAGAGCGGGUGCUGGAGACGCAGCUGAGCGCGGGGGCGAGCGCGGGCAUCGCGCUGGGCAUCGGGCUGCUCUGCGGGCUGGUGGCCAUGCUGGUGCGCAGCGUGGGCCUCUUCUUGGUGGGGCUGCUGCUGGGCCUGCUGCUCGCCGCUGCCGCCCUGCUGGGCUCCGCCCCGUACUACCAGCCGGGCUCCGUGUGGGGCCCGCUGGGGCUGCUGCUGGGAGGCGGCCUGCUCUGUGCCCUGCUCACGCUGCGCUGGCCUCGCCCGCUCACCACCCUGGCCACGGCCGUCACUGGUGCUGCACUCAUCGCCACUGCUGCCGACUACUUCGCCGAGCUGCUGCUGCUGGGGCGCUACGCCGUGGAGCGGCUGAGGGCCGCCCCGGUACCCCCACUCUGCUGGCGGAGCUGGGUCCUGCUGGCACUCUGGCCUCUGCUCAGCCUGAUGGGCAUCCUGGUGCAGUGGAGGGUGACAACCGAAAGGGACUCCCACACAGAAGUGGUCAUCAGCCGGCAGCGACGACGUGUGCAGCUGAUGCGGAUUCGGCAGCAGGAGGAACGCAAGGAGAAGCGACGCAAGAAGAGACCUCCACGGGCCCCCCCCAAAGGUCCCCGGGCCCCUCCACGGCCUGGACCCCCUGACCCUGCCUAUCGGCGCAGACCUGUGCCCAUCAAACGCUUCAACGGAGACAUCCUCUCCCCGAGUUACAUCCAGAGCUUCCGGGACCGGCAGACAGGAAGCUCCCUGAGCUCCUUCAUGUCUUCACCCACUGAUGCAGACUAUGAGUACGGGUCCCGGGGGCCGCUGACAGCCUGUGCAGGGCCCCCUGUGCGUGUAUAG